AUGGCCACUAUAUCUUCUCUGCACACUCAUUCCCUUCUCUCCCACCUCUCAUUUUCCCCCUCCAAUCCUUCCCUGCCACAAGGUCCACCCACCUUCAUUAUUGUCUUCGUCCUUACAGUUCUCUCAUGUGUGAUUGUUGGAGAAGAAUGUGGUACGAGGAGGAAGCUGAUGUUUCAGGCAUUUACUGCUGCGGUUACUUUUCCUGCGGUUGGUCCAGUUGCUUUGGCAGUUGAAAGUGAGGAUUUCCGUGUUUACACCGAUGAUGUGAACAAGUUCAAGAUCAGUAUUCCUCAAGAUUGGCAAGUAGGAAAUGGGGAAGGUGAUGGAGUUAAGUCACUGACUGCAUUUUAUCCUCCUGAGGCUUCCAGUGCGAACGUGAGCAUAUUAAUCACAGGACUCGGUGCCGAUUUCACCAGGUUAGAGUCUUUUGGCAAAGUUGAUGAAUUUGCUGAGACUCUAAUUGGUGGAUUGGACAGAAGUUGGCAAAGGCCCCCUGGAGUUGCAGCAAAACUCGUAGAUAGCAAAGCUGCCAACGGUUUGUAUUAUAUAGAGUACACACUGCAGAAACCAGGCGAAACUCUCAGGCAUUUGUUUUCAGUUCUCGGGAUAGCAGAUAAUGGUUUUUACAACAGACUAUAUACCCUCACUGGACAGUUUCUCGAUGAUGAAGAAGAAAAAUUUGGUCCCAAGAUUCGAAAACUAUCAUUAAGCAAGUUUUUUGAUUUCUUAGUCUGCUGUUUCAUCUUUCAGAUUAUUUUAAUGCUAAAUUUGCGAUGGUUGAGGUUUAGGAAAGAUCAGAUCCAAAAUCUGGAUAACAAUAUUCUUUCAGGUGAAGAAAAAAGGUGCACACCCGGGUAAAAUCUUGUAGCAUUCAUUUAAAAUACCUGGGAAUGCAUUUUUUUAUAUCGACUCCUUCACAUUGAAGCACCAAAUACUUUUCUUAGCCGCAUUCGGCCAAAGUACUGCAAUUUUUCUUAGAGAUUUUGAAGUCAAAUGCUCAUGUAAUUUGAGUUGUUUGUGAAUCAAACUUGGAUGAUAAAUUUUGUCACUGUUUCCCUUGAAUGCCCUUGUUUGUUUCAUUUCAAUUGGAUUUUACAUUCGGUUGAAAAAUGUUUGAACUUUUGAUUUAAACGAAAUUCAUGGGAUACCUCAAG